UCAAUCUUUCAUUUUCUGCAAUAUACACCCCAAAAGUAAACGAAGAAAAGGAUAGCAAUGACAUUCAUCGCCAAGUAAUAUGAGAGCCGUUUCAAUUGCUCUCUUCUCCUUCACGGGGUGGUUGCUGUGUUUUUGUCAACCCCAUGUGGCUUCAGACACGUUAAAUCCUGGCGAAAAGAUAACUGCAAAUGAAACCUUGGUUUCAAAUGGUGGCAAAUUUGAACUGGGUUUCUUUUCCCCUCGACAAGGUUCAACAAAAUACUUAGGAAUAUGGUACAACGAGUCACAAGUACAGCCCCGAACGGUGGUAUGGGUUGCAAACAGAGACAAUCCUGUUCCAGACUCCACGGCAUCUUUUCAAAUCGCCGACGAUGGAAACCUCCGAGUGUCAGACUCCAAUGGAAAAGACUACUGGUCUUCCGGGCUCGAGGGAUCUUCAUCCUUAGACCGUACAGUGAAGCUCAUGGAUUCAGGAAACUUGGUACUCACAGAUGACGAGGUCAGAAUGAAUAAUCUCUGGCAGAGCUUCGAACAUCCAACUGAUACAUUUCUUCCUUCCAUGAAAAUGGAUAAAAACAUGAACCUGACUUCUUGGAGAAGCUCUGACGACCCAGCCCCGGGGAACUACACUUUUCAGCUUGCUCAAACUGGGGACAACAGCUAUAGAAUUUUGAAAGACCAAGUCCGACUUCACUGGCAAUCUUCAGACGAAAUACCUGCGACAAUGCCAAACCUCUUGACAAACGUCACCAGAAGCCCGGCAUGUAACGUCACGAGGCAACAUAAGUUGAAAAAUAGCAAGACGUUACCAGUUCUGAAUUCUACAAACCCGGUAUAUGAUUGUGAAAGGCUAGUCAUGAAUUCUAAAAACCCGGUAUAUAAGCUUGAAAGGCUAGUCAUGAAUUACACAGGGAAGAUCGAAUUUCAGCGGUACAUCAAUGAUACUGACGUAGGCGAAUGGUCAACGAGGUUUAGUAAACCAGAAACGAAGUGCAGGAUACAUAAUUACUGUGGGAGUUUCAGAAGCUGCAAUGAUCAGAAUCGCCCUGUCUGUAAGUGUUUGCCUGGAUUCGAUUCCUUGCCAGCUAGGUAUUCCUCCGGAGAACAGGAUAAUGGGUGUUUCAGAAAAUCAACAUGGUGUGGAAGAAGAAGAGAAGACAUUACAUUCUUAAACUUGACGAUGGUUGAAGUGGGAGGCUCGGGCAAACAAGUGUUCCUCCAAGCAAAAAAUGAAGCAGAAUGCCAAGCUCAAUGUCUUAACUGCUCUAAUCAAUGCCAGGCUUAUUCGUUUACCGUUAGAAUUUCGGACCGGAAUCCGGCUUGCUUUAUCUGGACUCAGGAUUUACUUGCUCUCAAUGAGGAUUCCCCUCAAAAUGGCAUUUCUCUUUCUAUCCCCUUACUGAUUUCAGAUAUAGCAUUAACUGCCAAAACCUGUAAACCUUGUGGCACAACAAUAAUUCCAUAUCCACUAAGCACGGGACCAGAUUGUGGAGAUCCCUCGUACUUCAAGUUAAAUUGCAUCAACACAACAAAAACAGGCCAGGUUAGCUUUAAUCUGUCUGGAGUUGGGUUUUUGAGGGUAUCCAAAAUAGACCCAGAUAAUCGGAAGUUGCGAAUCCAAACUAACAAUAAUGAGUCCAUCAACUUCUGUGAUAACCAAGAUCAAAGACAACAAGUUAAGGUUGACUUACCAUUUAAUGUAACCGACUGGUGCUCUGCUGAAGAUGAAAUAGAGGUUAGUUGGCUACCACCAUUAGAACCUCUCUGUCAUAACUCCACAGACUGCAACGAUUGGCCACAUUCAACCUGCAACAACAAUUCAAGAGAUGGAAAACGAAGGUGCCUUUGUGAUGCAAACUACUACUGGAACAACUCAAAUUUAACUUGCAUAGUCAGAGAUGUCCUUCCCGGGGCACUAGGGUCGUCUGGAAGCAAAAACCCUCUCACUAAAUUAAUCCUUGUAGUAACUCUUUCAAGCGCGGCUUUCGUGGCAUGCAUUGUUGUUGCUGCUUAUAUAUGGAAAAGCAAAAUAGCCCAUAAGAAAGACAUGGGAAGAGUUCAGAGAGUUCGAGGCCGCAUGUAUGACAGCGAAAGACAGGUGAAGGAUUUGAUAGACUUGCAAGAACUAGAAGAAGAUGACAACGAAGGCAUAGAGGUGCCAUACUAUGAUUUUGAAACCAUACUAGCUGCUACUGAUAAUUUUUCAGAUGCAAACAAGCUUGGACGAGGAGGUUAUGGCCCUGUUUACAAGGGUAUCCUACCAGGCGAACAUCAUAUAGCAGUAAAGAGGCUUUCAAAUGUUUCAUCACAAGGUUUAAAGGAAUUCAAGAAUGAGGUUGUUUUGAUAUCCAAACUACAGCAUCGGAAUCUUGUCAGAUUGCGGGGUUAUUGCAUAACUGGGGAUGAAAAGAUCUUACUCUAUGAAUACAUGCCAAACAAGAGUUUGGAUGCAUUCUUGUUCGAUCCUACACAAAGUGUGAUUUUGGAUUGGCAGAUGCGGUUUGACAUAAUUUUAGGAGUUGUUCGAGGAAUGCUAUAUCUUCAUCAAGAUUCUAGAUUGAGAGUGAUUCAUAGAGAUUUAAAAACCAGCAAUAUUCUUCUAGAUGAAGAGAUGCAACCAAAAAUUUCAGACUUUGGUUUAGCAAGAAUAUUUGGAAGCAAAGAAAUUGAGGCCAACACUGAAAGAAUAGUUGGAACUUAUGGUUAUAUGGCUCCAGAAUAUGCACUGGAUGGAUUAUUUUCAAUCAAAUCAGAUAUCUUUAGCUUUGGCGUGGUGGUACUUGAAAUUAUCACCGGAAAGAAAAACACAGGAUUCUUUCAAUCCAAACAAGUUCCCAGCCUAUUGGGUUAUGCAUGGAAGUUAUGGACAGAGAAUAAGCUAUUGGAUUUAAUGGACCAAUCUUUGGGAGAAAGCUGCAAUGUAAGUCAAUUCAUCAAGUGCGCGCAAGUUAGUCUUCUAUGUGUGCAAGAUGAACCAGGAGACAGGCCCACAAUGUCACAGGUACUGAUAAUGCUUGAAAGCGAGACUGCUAGUCUCCCAACUCCAAAACAACCAACCUUUUUUAUGAGUAGAGACAGAGGCAUUUCAAGCACAGCUUCUUCUUCUAGUAAACCUGAAGGAAUUCUAUCAACCCAGAAUACCUAUCAGGAAGGUCGAUAAUGCCUGAUAAGUUCUAUGCACAAUGGAUGCUAAUGGGUAGUCAAAAACCCUUUCAAUAUGUAUUUAUGUUUGCAUUUCGUUAUUAUUAUUAUUUAUUUUUA